CUCCCUCAUCUCUCCUUAUCGGUUCUUCCCCCUGCUUUCUUUUUCCCGUUAAUUAAAGGCUGUGUAAGAGAGAGAAAGAGAGCGUUAAUAAAUGCUCCACUGACUCGCCGUCCCCCCGGAAACUUUACUUCAUCUACUUUCUCGGUAGCUCAUUAAUAAGCCUACCUUCACUUCAUUAUCGCCGGCGAUUUCCAUUUCCCGGUGAAAUCCCAAUUCACAUUGUGUGCUUCUUGCCUUCUCAAUUAAACUUCAGCUGCUUCAGAUUUCCCUUUUGUUCUGUGACCAAAAUUCAACUCUCAGACAGCUGUUUCUGUACAUUUUGUUCAUCUCCACUUAUCUUCAUUAAAAUUGGCUCUUUGCGUAUUUCUAGAAUCAGUCUUCUAGGGCUUUUGGUCUUAGCUAAUGGCUCAGCGUUUGAUUCUUUUGAACAAAGUUGCAAAUACGUUCACCAUUCCACUGGCUUCUUCAUCCUUCAACCAGUACAAAUACUGGGUAUCUUUUUAAUUGUUUCCCCUAUUUUUUCUCCCAUUUUAUAGGCAGUUAGGUUGUUCGCAUGCCAUUGUAAUCGCCUGAGCCAAAGCUUCUAUCUUUUGCUUGUUCUUGUAUGUAUACAUUUGGGGUUGCUAAUAGGAUUAUGAGCAACAUACACAGUGCUUUGUGAUUAUUGAGGGGGAGAAUGGAAAUGAGGAAGGUCUUUGGUAUAGUAAUAUUAUGUCACAUAUUAUCUCCUAUUUUUGUUAAAGCAUUGAACUUGUCUUUUAAUGAUGAUAUACUGGGGUUAAUGGUAUUCAAGGCUGAUGUUCGUGAUCCACAAGGAAAGCUGGUGUCUUGGAAUGAAGAAGAUGAUAGUCCCUGCUGCUGGGAUGGAAUCAAAUGCAACCCCAGAUCCAAUAGGGUCUCUCAAAUUGUUCUAGAUGGGUUUGGCCUUUCAGGUAAGAUUAGCAGAGGGCUAAUGAGGUUGCAGUUUCUUCGAAAGCUUUCGCUUGCGAAGAACAAUUUUACAGGGAGUAUAAGUACCAGUGUUGUUCAACUCGCAAAUCUGAGGAUUCUAGACUUGAGCGAGAACAACCUAUUUGGGCCGAUUCCGGGUGAUCUCUUUCAACAAUGUGGGCCUUUGAGAUCAAUUUCUUUGUCCAAGAAUAAAUUUUCAGGGAAAAUUCCUGAAAGUUUGAAAGAAUGUAUGGCAUUGGGGUCUUUAAACUUGUCUUCCAAUCAGUUUUCAGGAUUUUUACCUUCUGAAAUUUGGUCUUUGAAUGGGCUAAGUUCCCUUGAUCUGUCAGAUAAUUUGCUGGAAGGUGAAAUUCCAGUAGGCAUUGAAGAUAUGUUUAAUUUGAGAGCCAUAAAUUUGAGGAAAAAUCAUCUCAAAGGUGAAGUUCCAGAUAGAAUUGGAAGUUGUUUGCUGUUGAGGUCGAUUGAUUUGAGUGAAAAUUCUUUCUCUGGAGAACUUCCAAAAACAAUGCAGAUGCUUAGUUUGUGUAAUGAAUUGAUUUUGAAACACAACGCAUUUGUUGGUACUUUACCAAAAUGGAUUGGAGAAAUGAAAAGCCUUGAGAUUCUUGAUCUUUCUGUGAACAAUUUCUCUGGUCAGUUACCGUUUUCAGUUGGGAAGCUUCAAUCAUUGAAAUUACUGAACAUGUCGCGAAAUGCUAUUUAUGGGAACUUGCCCAAGUCCAUGAGUAGUUGUGUUAAUCUUAUGACACUGGAUGUUAGUCAGAACUCUUUGACGGGUGAUCUUCCUCCUUGGAUAUUCAAAUUAGGAUUGCGACAAGUUUUGUUUUCUGAGAAUAAAUUAAGUGGGGGCUUGAAGAAUGCAUUUGCUUCUUCACUGGACAACUCUCGUCAAAAGCUUCUAGCUCUCGAUAUUUCUUGCAAUGGGUUAGCUGGUGAAAUUCCAUUUUCUAUUGGUGAAUUUAAUAGCUUGCAGUCCUUGAAUUUGUCUAGAAAUUCACUUGUAGGCACCAUUCCUGAGAAUGUUGGCCACCUGAAGUCACUGGAUGUUCUUGACUUAAGUGAGAAUCAGUUAAAUGGUAGCAUCCCUUUGGAACUUGGUGGAGCCUAUUCUCUCAGGAAACUGAAGCUGGAGAGGAAUGCCUUGACGGGAGAAAUUCCUACAUCUAUUGGAAAAUGUUCUAAACUUAUGUCUUUGUCGUUGUCUCAUAAUGGCUUAACUGGCCCUGUACCUGCAACCUUUGCUAAACUAAUUAACUUACAAAAUGUUGACUUCUCCUUUAACAAAUUAACUGGAAUCUUACCAAAGCAGCUGGUAAAUCUUGUUCACCUCAAAUCAUUCAACAUCUCACACAACCAGCUAAAGGGUGAACUGCCUUUUGGUGGUUUUUUUAACACUAUUUCUCCUUAUUCAGUGGCAGCCAAUCCGUCUCUUUGUGGGGCUGCUGCUAAUAGGUCGUGUUCAACUGUCCUUCCCAAGCCAAUUGUUCUGAAUCCCAAUUCCACAGAUUCUAUGCCUGGUGCUAUUCCUCCAACAUUAGGCCACCAGAAGAAAAUCCUAAGCAUCUCUGCCCUCAUUGCCAUUAGUGCAGCUGCUAUUAUUGUUGUUGGUGUUAUUUCCAUCACUGUUCUAAAUCUUCGCGUACGUUCUGCAACUUCUCACUCUGCUGCUGCCCUUAGAUUUUCUGGUGGAGAUGACUUUAGCCCCUCCCACAGUACAGAUGCAGAUUCUGGUAAGCUUAUCAUGUUCUCAGGCGAACUUGACUUCAGCACAGGGUCACAUGCUCUGCUUAACAAGGAUUGUGAGCUCGGACGUGGUGGUUUUGGAGCCGUUUAUCGCACUGUCCUUGGAGAUGGUAUGCCUGUGGCCAUUAAGAAGCUUACUGUCUCUGGUCUUGUUAAGUCUCAGGGAGACUUCGAAAAGGAGGUUAAGAAAUUGGGAAAAGUUCAUCACCCUAAUCUUGUGGCUCUUCAAGGUUAUUAUUGGACACCAUCACUGCAGCUACUUAUAUAUGAAUUCAUAACUGGUGGAAAUUUGUAUGAGCAUAUCCAUGAAGGUUCUAGUAAAAACUUGCUUUCAUGGAAUGAGCGUUUCAACAUUAUUCUUGGGACAGCAAAAGGCUUGGCUAACUUACAUCAAAUGAACAUAAUUCACUAUAACCUCAAGUCCAACAAUAUUUUGAUUGAUAGCUCUGGUGAUCCUAAAGUUGCGGAUUAUGGGUUAGCAAGUUUGUUACCAAUGUUAGAUCGAUAUUUUUUGAGCAGCAAGAUACAAAGUGCACUUGGUUACAUGGCACCUGAAUUUGCUUGCAAGACCGUGAAGAUAACUGAGAAAUGUGAUGUGUAUGGGUUUGGAGUUCUUGUUCUGGAGAUAGUCACUGGAAAGAAGCCAGUUGAGUACAUGGCGGACGAUGUUAUGUUAUUAUGUGACAUGGUAAGGGGCGCAUUGGAAAAAGGCAAGGUGGAAGAAUGUGUAGAUGGGAGGCUGCAUGGAAAAUUCCCUGCUGAGGAAGCGAUUCCUGUGAUGAAGUUGGGUUUAAUCUGCACAUCACAAGUCCCUUCAAACAGGCCUGAUAUGGCAGAAGUGGUUAACAUAUUGGAGCUGAUAAGAUGUCCUUCAGAGGGCCAGGAGGAACUGGUAUGACAUCCCACUAGACCGAUAGAAAUUUUAAGAUAUGCUUUGUCAAUGCCUAAUCCGCCGAAGAAGAAUCCGCUUGAUCUUUGAGAAGUCGAGAAUUUGUUGUUGGAAAUUUUUUUCGCUGUUCAAAGAAGAAUUUCUCUUUCAUAUUAUGGCCAUUUAAAGUUUCAUUUUUAUUUGUUUGUAAUUGCUUCUCUGUUUCUCUGGGUUAUUACCUGAUUCCUUAUCACCGGGUUUCAGUUUGUGGGGAUCUCACUUAUUCUUUUUCUUGGUCUGUAACAGUUGAUACUGACAUUUAAUCCCAGCUACCUCUUCUGUUUGUUCAAA